AUGCCAAAAACUACAACUUACGGAUUCACCUUAUCGACACUGCUGGAUUCUAGUCGGUGGCUGCUCUCGCUGGAGCUAAUAGUUCUAGUUCUAGCAUGCCUGUUAGAUCAGGCGGUCGGGCAGCGACCGCUCAGCAACGCUACCUUCGGCACGUCGCACAACUCAACGGGUGUGAUCAAUGUCCUGCAAACUUCAACUACCCGGCACCCACCGGAAUUGGAGCUCGAACACCACCAGCAUCCGGCGCACGGUAGUAGCGCUAGCAAUCAAAUCGCCAUUGCAGGCAUUGAGGACACCGCUGCUGCUGGCGCUGGUGGUGGUGGUGAAAGCGGCAUACCACCGCCGCCUCCCAGUAUAAACGAUAUCACCUCCGAAUCGGGGCCCCGCAAUGGGGCUCAGGAUAUGAUCCAGCGAAGCCGAAGCAUCAAUCCUUACUUUCCUACGCCGGCAACGGCGCAAGGAGCCGCCGGCGACGAUGGACACAACGACCGUCGAAACUUGCCGUUCAAUCCAAUCCGGCGGAGGAAACCCAUGUCCGGAAUGUCCGAGUUGCGUAAAUCUAUCCAGCAGAAAAUGGCCGCAGCGGCCGCUAACGAGAAUGGCAUCGAACGGGGGAAUGACAGCAGCUACUCGCGACCCCUUUAUAACGCUAACGGUAACGUUGGCACGCAGGUUCAGUCACCCGGCUGGGGCGGACAGCGGCGCGGUCGGCCGUACGACAACCGACAAGGAGACGAUCCACUGCGGACGAUUCGGGAAAAGUUCAACCAUGAGCGCUGGCACAACCCAAUGAUUGAUCGUGCCGAAAUCGAUGACAUUCUCGGCGUGAAGUGCAACUUCGAAACCGAGUGUGCCUGGACAUGGGACGAGCAUGACCAAAACGGUUUCCAGGUGGUAACCGGUGCCAAUCUAACGGAAUCGAACCGUACCGGCAUGAUGCCGGGACCAUCGGCCGAUGCGCUGAGCGAUGCCAAUGGACAUUUUCUGCACCUGCGACUGACCGUGAACAGUACACCGCAAAUUCUAACCUCGCCGGUGUUUGCGGCCACCAGAGAAAAUUGCUACCUGGAAAUGUUAACGCACCAGAGUUCAAUGGGCUAUGGAAGUUUAAGAAUUGUCAUCGAAACAAUUGGGGCCCAUGAAUCAUCAUGGGUACCAGCGGAAAUAAUGGGUAACGAUCUUCGACGGUGGCAGAUGAAUAAUUUUCGGAUCGAUCGGAUAUCAAAGGAUUUCAAAAUUCUGUUCGAAGUGGUGCCACACGGUCUGGGUGGGCAUGCCAGGGGACACGUUAGUAUCGACAACCUACGAAUGGUGAACUGCUUUCCUGAUUCAAUGAAUACGAAUAACUGCAGCUUCUCACAGGUUCGCUGUACGGCUAACAAGGUCCCUGUUUGCAUUAAAACACCAAAAAUCUGUGACAUCACUGUCGAUUGCGACGAAGACGAGGACGAAACUCUUAACUGCGACAAAAUCCCAUUCGGUGGCAGGUGCGAUUUCGAGAGCGGGUGGUGUGGUUGGCAAAACUACGGCAAUGCAAUACUGUCGUGGGCGCGCCAUUCGGGUCCUACGCCAACGGAGAAAACUGGACCGGAUAUGGAUCACACCCACGAGGCAACCAACGUGACAGGUUACUACAUGUUCGUUAACAUGAAUCAACAUGCCAACGAUAGCGAGAAAAAGACCCUGGUCGGUCUCGCCAGCAACGCCAUCAUGAACAGCAUUAUCUUCAAUCCACCGCCGCUGGUGCACAGCAAUGUGUCGUCUCCGUAUCGGAAUUCGUGUGUCGUCCGCUUCUACGUGCACCAGUACGGAAUGAAUCCGGGCAGCAUCAACCUUUCCAGUGUGGAAAUCAAGGAGAAGGAAAACGUUACCACCACGCUGUGGUGGAGCUCCAAGAACCUUGGCGAGGAUUGGGUCCGGGAGGAUAUUGUUCUUCCCAAUAUUACCACAAAGUAUUACCUUCAAUUCGAGGCACGCAUGGGAAUGCGUAUCUUUUCGGAUGUGGCCAUCGAUGACUUUUCGCUAAGUCCCGAGUGCUUCGGGCUUAACAUUCCUGCCGAUCACCUGCAAGGGUACAACUACUGGGAUCCACGAAUCGGUGGGAUCAAACAACCUCACAAGGACUUUAACGGGAAGUCUUAUAUCGAACUCAAUACAUGCGGUGCUAAAGGGCAGCAAGGUCCAACUUCGGCGGAUUGUUUGGUUUCGUACAACAAUACAGAAGCCUUCAAUGCCGUUCACGUGAUCGAUAGUCAUCCCUUCAAGGGAAUCCAAGCGUGGAAAGUUCCCAAUGAAGGCUACUAUACAAUCAUCGCUAAGGGAGCCGGCGGAGGUCUUGGCUCGGGUGGAGUUGGGUCAUCUCGAGGCGCGAUGGUGCUGAGCGUGCUGGAACUGCACAAGGACGAGGAAAUCUACAUUCUCGUCGGACAGAGCGGCGAGCACGCCUGUAUCAAAUCUAUGGGCUAUCGGGAUGAGACUUGUGAGCCCCGCAAUAGGCAAUACUCGAAGGAGAUGUACACCUCCAAAACGCAGCAGGUAAAAAAUACAGUGAUUGAGGAUGGAGCUGGCGGCGGCGGUGGAGGAACUUAUGUGUUUUUGCUCAACUCUGCGAACACCGCUGUUCCACUGCUGGUAGCAGGCGGCGGUGGGGGUCUUGGCGUAGGUCGCUAUCUCGACGAGGAUGUGCAGCAUGGGAAAACAUUCUUGCCGGGUAAGAAAGACGUUUCGGGGACAGCUCACUCUGAUUCGCUGCGUCAUGCGGGCCCAGGAGGAGGCUGGCGUGCUCAAGCGGAUAUGGGCUUAAAUCUGUAUUACGGAGCUUCAUUGCUGGAAGGUGGCCGUGGUGGACAGCCGUGUUAUCCUCCUCGUGGCACCCACGGACAGGGUGGCUUUGGUGGAGGCGGCGGAGGUUGUGAUACCGGUGGUGGUGGCGGUGGGUUUUCCGGCGGAGAUACAAUUGUCAAUUCCACCAAUGGACAGGGUGGAAGUUCAUUUCUGGCGUCGAAGCGAAACGUUCCGGAACUGUCGCUGGAACACGCGGGAGUGAACAGCGGGCAGGGAGCGGUUCUGAUCAUUCCCGCCAUCCAGGGGUGUGGCUGCGAUUAUCGAUGUGUUGCGUUGGAUGAGUAUCGAGCUAUGGUUGGCUGUAUAUGCCCGGAUGGUUGGACGCUUAAACCUGAUAACUAUACUGCUUGUGAAUUACUAACUGAGCCGUGGGAAAUGACGUGGGUGUUCGUUGCCCUUGGCGUCAUUACGGUAGGCUUACUUGUAGCACUGUCUGGUCUAGUACUCAUAUUAUAUAAUCGCUAUCAACGUAGGAAGCAAGCCGCUCUUCGACAUAAGAUGCUAAUAGAGCAGGACUUACAGUUAAGUCGCCUGCGCAGCACGCCGGACGAUACGGGACUGACCAACUUUAAUCCUAACUACGGUUGUGACGGAAUUCUGAAUGGAAAUGUGGAUGUCAAAAGUUUACCGCAAGUGGCCCGCGAGAGUUUGCGACUUGUCAAAGCGCUCGGUCAAGGAGCAUUCGGCGAGGUUUACCAAGGUCUGUAUCGACACCGAGAUGGGGACGCCGUCGAAAUGCCGGUUGCUGUGAAAACACUGCCGGAAAUGUCUACGGGUCAGGCAGAAUCGGACUUCCUAAUGGAGGCAGCAAUUAUGGCCAAAUUUAACCAUCCAAAUAUCGUUCAUCUGAUAGGGGUUUGCUUCGAUCGCCAUCCAAGAUUUAUUGUGCUAGAACUUCUGGCCGGAGGAGAUCUGAAGAACUUCCUUCGGGAAGGUCGAAAUAAACCUGAACGUCCAUCUGCUCUGACAAUGAAAGACCUAAUCUUCUGCGCCUUGGAUGUGGCCAAAGGCUGCCGGUACAUGGAGAGUAAGCGCUUCAUUCAUCGUGACAUAGCCGCCCGUAACUGUCUGCUCAGCAGUAAGGGUCCAGGAAGGGUGGUCAAGAUUGCCGAUUUCGGCAUGGCACGUGACAUUUAUCGAUCGGACUACUAUCGGAAAGGCGGUAAAGCGAUGCUGCCGAUAAAGUGGAUGCCUCCGGAAGCUUUUCUGGAUGGUAUCUUCACCUCAAAGACUGAUGUAUGGUCGUUCGGUGUACUGCUCUGGGAGGUGUUCAGCCUCGGGUUGAUGCCGUACACCGGGCUGCCGAACCGUGAUGUGAUGCAACUAGUCACCGGAGGAGGUCGUCUUGAUGCUCCACCCGGUUGUCCCAAUGCUAUUUACCGCAUAAUGGCCGACUGCUGGAAUCCAACGCCGGAAGAACGACCAACCUUCUCAAACCUGUUGGAGCGACUGACAACCUGCACCCAAGAUCCAGAAGUAAUGAACGCACCGUUGCCAUGCCUCUUCGCGAUCCCGUCAAACGAACGGGACACUACGAUAAUGAGACCUCCUGGAAACGACGAUUUCUGCCUCCAGGUUCCCAACUCGUCGGACUACCUGAUUCCGCUUCCCGGACCACGGUCCGUGGCGGAACGGCUACUCAGCGAGGCUACCGGUGUUACGAUUCCUGAUUCAAUAGUUACGUGCACUCCACCAAAGACGGCUUCGCCCAGAAUCAUGAACGGACCCCAACAACCGCAGGAAGGAAAGUGCUGGGAAACAUCCUUCAUUCGAGAGCAUCCCACAGUGGUCAAUUCAGUGCCCACGAUGGCCGCACAAGAUCCCACUUUGUUGGUGAAUGAAAAUGGACCUAUCGAGCCCCCUGGAUGUCCGGGACCCGACAAAUUGAUAUCACUGGACACACCUCAGCAAACUCCAACCAGCAUUCAGCCACCAAUUUCAUUCAGCACACCGAUGACAAACUUGCACGUCGGCCCGAUGGUGGUGGUUCCGGCGCCCAUCUCGGUGGGUGUUCCCCACAAGGUCGUCCACUGCAAUGGCAAUGGCAUGAACGGCAAUGGAAUCUCCAACGGGAAUGGAUUACCACCACCUCCGGUGUCGGAUGAUCAAAUCGAAACGGCCAAACUGUUGAACAGUAUUCCACCACCGAUUACGCUGGAUCCUUCGACGCUGAACAAGCAACAGCCCGGUGUGGGUGGAACUUCGUACGCCAAUAUUCGGAUGAUGAACGCCAACAAUCUGAACAAUGGCGAUCUCAGUGAAAAACUGGUCGGCGGAAGAGGUAACGGCGGAGGUGGUGGAGGAGGUGGAGGAGGAGGUGCUAAUGUUGGCGGAGGCGGUAACCACCAUCACAGCAACAGCAGUGGUAGCGACAAGAGCAAUGAUACUCGGACAACGGCAUUCACGAUUCAGACAUUCAGCGAUCGGUACAUAAACCAAGAGAACCAUUCGGAGAUAAGCUGCUAA